UCCAAAAUCCCAAUUCAAGCCACGCGACCCGAUUUGAAGAAAUUAGGGCUCUAUCGUAUGUAUUUUUCGCUGUCGCAUGGCCGCUUACGAUCAAUCGUUGAAAAUGAAAGCAAAGAGAAAUACUUUGUCUUCCGUUCUUUCAUUCUUCAGUAACAUCAGUUGGAGUAGAAGCUCUACUACGACACCGGGCAGAGUAUCAGGGACAACAGGUACUUCUGCUUCUUCACUGCGAUCAUUUCAAUCUCUCCCGGAAACUUUUCCUUCGUUUUCUUCAAAUCAAAAUUACUUGCUGGAUUCGAAUUUUCCCAAAUUCAGAAACAACUAUGAUGAUGCAACUGAUGUAGACUAUGCCCUUAGUUUAUUCCGUCAAAUGGCGACUGCGUGUCCCAUGCCUUCCAUUAUUGAGUUCAAUAAACUGCUUAGUAGAAUUCUGAAAAUGAGGCAUUAUUCGCUUGUUGUUUCCCUCUAUCAAGAAAUGCGCAAUACGGGUAUCCCCAUCAGCACGUAUACCCUUAGCAUUCUGAUAGAUGCCUGCUGCCGCUCUAAUCGAGUGGAUUGCGGGUUUUGUGUACUUGGUUUUUAUUUCAAGUGUGGAAUUGAGUUUAAUGUGGUUGCGUUCACCACUCUGAUCAAGGGCCUCUGUCUAGAAAAUAAGAUUGUGGAUGCUGUAGAGCUAUUCAGGAAGUUGGUGAGGGAAAAGGUGUGCGAAAUUAAUGAAGUUACGUGUGGUACACUUAUAAAUGGGCUUUGCAAGAGGGGUCAUACGCAAACUGCUCUUGAUUUACUUGGAGUAAUGCAGAAGGAGGGACCUAAGCCUAACACUAUAGUCUAUAGCACCAUAAUUGAUGCUCUAUGCAAAGAUAGAAUGGUUGAUGAGGCACUAGACCUUCUCUCCGAGAUGAUAGGAAAAGGGAUUCCCCCGAAUACCAUCACUUAUGCUCCCUUGAUUAAUGGUUUGUGUCUAGAUAAUAGAGUUGGGGAAGCUGUAGAGCUAUUCAGAAAGUUGGUGAGGGAGAAUGUAUGCAAAAUUAAUCAAGUUACAUGUGGCAUUCUUAUAACUGGGCUUUGCAAGACGGGUUAUACACAAACUGCUCUUGAUUUACUUGGAGUAAUGCAAAAGGAGGGACUUGAGCCUAAUACUAGAGUCUAUAACAUUAUAAUUGAUGCUUUGUGCAAAGAUAGAAUGAUUGAUGAGGCAUUAGACCUUCUCACUCAGAUGAUAGGUAGAGGGAUUCUCCCGGAUAAAUUCACUUAUGGUUCCUUGAUUCAAGGGCUUUGCAACUUUUGCCGAUGGAAAGAGGUUACCAAAUUAAUGAAUGAGAUGGUGCUUCGUAAUUUAUGUCCAGAUGCCCGUAUCUUCACUAUAUUGGUGGAUGCCUUUUCAAAGGAGGGUAAGCUGAAUGAUGCAGAGGCUAUUAUUCAAAUCAUGAUCCAAAGAGACACUUAUCCUGAUGUGGUCACAUACAACACCCUUAUUGAGGGGUACUGUUUGCAAGGACAGAUGGAUGAAGCAAGGAAAGCUUUUAGUCGGAUGGUAGACAGAGGCCUUCAGCCUGAUGUUUGGAGCUAUAACAUUUUAAUUAAUGGAUACUGUAGAAUUAAAGAAAUGGAUGAGGCAAUGGAUCUGUUUCGUGAAAUUCCUGAAAAUGGGUUGUGUCCUGGUGUUGUUACAUAUACCACAAUCUUGCAGGGACUAUUUCUGGUUGGUAGAUGUUCUACUGCACUAAAACUUUUUCAGGAGAUGCAGAUUGCUGGACAUAAACCAAAUUUUCAUACUUCCUGCGUCUUACUUAAAGGUUUAUGUGAUAAUGGACAUGUUGAAAAAGCAAUGUCAAUCUAUUCUAAGUUAGACAAAAAUGGAAAUGGUUCUCAUGUUUUUGGUAACAUCAUGAUCGAUGCAUUCUGCAAGACUGGGCUGCUUAAUAUUGCACGCGGUAUAUUUAUUAACCUUUCUAAAGUGUCAUGCACAAAUGUAAAUACGUAUACAAUAAUGAUAAAUGGAUUUUUUCGAGAAGGAUUAACAGAUGAGGCCUUAUACUUGCUACGGAAAAUGAAGGAGAAUGAUAUAUUACCAGAUACUGCCACUUAUAAUGUUAUUUUAAGUGAAUUUGUUAGAAAGAAAAUGUGUAAUGAAGCGAAUAUUGUUUUGGAUGAAAUGGUAGGUAUGGGUAUUUCUCCGAAUGGUUACACAUUGUCUCUAGUAAAUGAUUUACUAGCACUUCAAACUGCCAAUAGUACAGUCCUAAGGAUGAUGCAGAAAUUUGCAGCAAAUGAUGUACAGUAACUAAGGUUUGGUGGCAUUUUUGGUGCAAUUUGGAUAGCAGCUGGAGUUGAAGCGAUUAGCUGGACCGUUGACUAUAAAAU